CAGAUAUAGUGAAUGCAGGGUCCGGGGAGACCAGAUAUAGUGAAUGCAGGGUCCUGGGAGACCAGAUAUAGUGAAUACAGGGUCAGGGGAGACCAGAUAUAGUGAAUGCAGGGUCCGGGGAGACCAGAUAUAGUGAAUGCAGGGUCUGGGGAGACUAGAUAUAGUGAAUGCAGAGUCCGGGGAGACCAGAUAUAGUGAAUGCAGGAGUCCGGGGAGACCAGAUAUAGUGAAUGCAGGGUUCUGGGAGACCAGAUAUAGUGAGUGCAGAGUCCGGGGAGACCAGAUAUAGUGAAUGCCGGGUCCGGGGAGACCAGAUAU